GUCCGCGGAUCGUCGCUUCGUCGGUUCAUUCAAUUUUCGCACUUCACUUCUAUUUAUUUUCCGAAUCUGCUGCUGCUGCUGCUGCUUACAGCUCGACCUAUUCUAAAGAUAAUGCAACAGGAACAGCAGUGAAUAAUCACUGAUAACCCGCUGGCCUGACUGCCAGUGUUCCUCCCUGCUCUGUGUGUGCGUGUAACGGAAUUUAAGGAUACGACCUACGAUUUCGAAGAGCAGUUAUAGCAUCCCCUAUAAUAUAUGUACGGACUGUUGAAUUGAAUUAGUCAGAAGCAACAAUUACAAACAAAAUCCAGUCCUCGUACCACCGUUAUCCUUAUUUGGCGUGCGUGUGUGUGUGUGCGUGUGUGCGGUUCUCGUGUACGGGUGUGUGUUCGAAACGAAACUAAGGCGAGGAGGGAAGACAACAAAACGGUUGGUCUGUGCCAUUCAACAACCUCUUUGUGGCAGUAUCGAUUUUCCGUUACAUCGUUAUACACACACAUUUGACCGACUUCGCAGCCAGCUAUUACGCACACGCCACCCCACCCCACCCCACACGCCCCAAGCCCCUCCUUAAGUUUAGCGCGGUGCGAGCAGGCGGGUUGAUGCGCGGCAGCAGCAAGCAGAGCCAGAGGCAGAGCUAAUCUGUUGGCAUAGUGUGAGCGAAUUUGUUGCAUCUUGGCGGCACUGGAGGCAUGUUUAUUUGGCACUUGUCAGUCGCCGGACGGACAAACCAUUUAGGUGAGAGCCACCACUUCCACAGCGAGCGUAACCAGGCACGGCGGCAACAAUAGGAGCGAUCCCACUGAAUACAGCAAUAACCACUGUAAAUAGCAUCAUCAGCAUCCACUGCAGGCACAGCAUCCACAACAUCCACAACAUUUACAACAUCCACGGCACCUUGGUAAUUUUCCGUGAGAAAGCUCAACAUCCAAGAUCCACAUCGACAUCGGGAUCCACCAGUAGAUGUUCACCAUGAUCCAGUUGAAGCAACUACAGCUCCCCUUCAGCCACGCAGCGUUAUUACUGAUGCUGGCGGCGGUGGUGGGCGUGGGCCAGGCGGGGUCCCAGAACACACCGCAACAGCAGGUGUGUCCGGAGCAGGGCGACAUCUCGCCCUGCAUCUGCACGGUGAAGAAGAACGGCCUGGACAUACUCUGCGAGACAACGGACUUGGCGCACAUCACCAAAUCGAUGGGCACACUCAAGGGCAAAAGUCCCAUAAUUUUCUACUUGAAGUUGCGCCACAACAACCUGCCCAAGCUGCAGGGAUUCGUUUUCCUGGCCCUGGACAUUCGCCACCUGACCAUACACAACAGCAGUCUGGCGACCAUCGAGGAGAAUGCUCUCAGUUCCUUGGGCACUGGACUCACACAGCUGGACGUAUCGCUGAACCAAAUGAAAACCGUGCCUUCGCAGGCACUGCAGCAUCUGUUCCACCUGUUGAUCUUGAACCUGAACCACAACAAAAUCACCGUGAUCCACAACAACGCCUUCGAGGGACUAGGAACACUGGAGAUUCUUACGCUCUAUGAGAACAGGAUCACCCAGAUAGACCCCGAGGCGUUCCGCGGACUGGAAGGAAAAUUGAAGCGUUUGAAUCUGGGUGGUAAUGAUUUAAGCAGAGUUCCCCAAAAGUCCCUGUCUAUAUUGGACACGCUGAAGAAGCUGGAAAUACAGGAGAACAAGAUCCGCUCCAUCAUUGAGGGUGACUUUGAGGGCUUGGUCAACCUCGAUUCCUUGAUUCUGGCUCACAACAUGAUCACCACAGUGCCUGCAAAUGUCUUCAUACACCUUACCCAGCUAAAUUCUCUGGAAUUGGAGGGCAACAAGAUCAGCGUUAUCGAUAAGGAUGCGUUUAAGGGCUUGGAGGAGAACCUGCAGUAUCUGCGCCUAGGAGACAACCAGAUCCAUGCCAUUCCCAGCGAGGCCCUGCGCCCACUGCACCGUCUUCGCCAUUUGGAUUUGCGGAACAACAACAUUAAUGUCCUGGCCGAUGACGCCUUCACCGGAUUUGGCGACUCGCUCACGUUCCUCAACCUCCAGAAGAAUGACAUUAAGGUGCUGCCAAGUGUGCUGUUUGAGAACCUAAACUCGCUGGAGACCCUGAAUCUGCAGAACAACAAGCUGCAGCGCAUUCCCCAGGACAUCAUGGAACCGGUCAUUGAUACCCUACGCAUCAUCGAUAUCACGGAUAAUCCGCUGAACUGCUCCUGCGAAUUGACCUGGUUCCCCAAGCUGCUCGAGGACCUGAAGAACAAGGAUGACGAAAUGUCGCAGAAGAAGAAGCCGCUGUGCCACAUGUCGCUGGACAACCGCGAGUACUUUGUGCAGGCCAUGCCCACCGAAAAGAUGCACUGCGCCGGCCUCAAUGUGAGUCCCUCACCCACGAGCGGCGGUCUGAUGCGGAUACUGCAAGUGAACCUUCUGGCCCAAAUUGCCAUGUGUAGCGUGGCGUUUCUGAUUAGCGUUUAAUCGCUUCCGAUCUGAUCCGAUCUGAAGCGGGUCCCCAGUGUAGUUAGGUCCGGAGACCACUUUUCCAUGUGGGUCAGUUUCAUAUCCAGAUUCAGAUUCAAGCACAGUGAUAGAAGUUGAUGGGGAGUCCUCGAUUGCGGGCUCCCCAUUCAAUACAAAUCGAUUCGAACCAAUUCGAUGAUGAGACCAUAGAAAAUCCCACAAAAAAGAAAUACCCAUAGACCUUUUGUACGUCUGCAAACCAUUUCUGUGUUGUUGUAUUGUAUAUUUUCUUAUAGAUUAUAGUGAAUCCGUGAAUUAUGCAACUCUGCCAAUUAUUAGACCCAAAAAGCACGCUUUUGAACCGUACCAUACUGUUCGCUCGGCCUGCAGCCUACCCACCACACCAGCAGCAAACAUCACCAGAUCAGCCAAUCCAGAGCGACUUGUCCAUUUCUGUGUCUGUUCCCCCCACCUCCACUCUGUUGAAUUGAUGCACCAACAGACAGACACCACAAUCCAGUCCACAGUUGCAACAUCAUCAGCAUCUACAACACGAGACACAUGCACAGUAGCUCGACAGCGACGCGCUCCCAGCUCGCUCUCCUGGAAAAGCCCGGGAGAAGGGCGUUAGAUGAUAGCAUCCCUUACAUAUCGAUACGGAUAAAGCUUAGACCUAAGACUUGAACUCAAACAUAUCAGAUUUUGUGACGCAGAAUCAGAAGCAGAAGAAUUGUUACGUUUAAGCAGCGACAGAACAUUAUUGUUACGAUUACAUUUGCAUACGAGCAUUACAUGUUAUUUCGUAUUGUGUACAUACUUACUCGUAUCUAUGAUAUUCCCAUAUGUGCACAGGUGCACUGGCACCUAUAUAUGUAUUUAUUAUGCGUAGUUUAUCGUCGUUUUGUCGUCGGUGUUGUGAGAUACAAUCAUUAUAAGCAAGUUUUCUUCGUUUCCUGACCUGUUCCCUUCCUGCACCCGCCCCAGCCACCAAAGCAGCUUACAAGCAAUCUAACCUAGUCGAAAUUGUCAAAUCUAUAUAUAUAUAAAGAUAUAUAUAAUUAUAUGCAUCGCAACCCAAUGCGGUUCCACUUUGGGCGCCGGUCAGGAAAAUAUGCAAAAAGGCAAGGCGAUCAGGCGAAAGGAAUAGAUAAGAACAAAUCAUUUGCAUCAAUCACCAAGAACUGAUUAUGGAAUAAGUAGUUUGUACUCUUUAUUUGUGAGAAACAUGGGGCAAGUACUGCAAAUUAUAACUGCAGUCGACAUUCAGCCCACUUCCAACUUCCAAAUCCCUACGUCCCCCUCCUGUGUGCCCCCCAUAUGAUCCCUAUAUGCAUAUCGUUGUAUUGUUAUUAUCGUGACAUAUCAAGAGCUCCAAGUGCACGCACUGGAUGACUCGACACGCACCUAAAAUAUAGGCAUUUUAUAGAAUUUACUUACAAUUUUAAAACAUAUGAAAAGUUGAUAUUUACGCGAACGCAAUGGAACCGAACACACAAAGAAUAUUAACAAAGUGUAUGCAAAGUGGAAUUUUUGAAAUGUUUUUAUACAUAUACCUACUUUUAGAUACACAUACAGACAUGCAUAUGAAUUCUGUCUAUUCGAACUAAGUUGUAAUCUCCAUUAGAAAUUAACAUUACAUUACCAUUAACAUUGACACUGACACUCACACUGAUAUUUUCUGGUUUCCGCCGGGUUAGCUAGCAGUUGGAACCGUACCAUACCCACUCCCCAUCGGCCAGUCCGAGGCUUCGGUCAGUAGCCACUCUCUGGUGGACGGGGAAGUGGUGCUCCAGCGGCUCGCCAACCCGACAGGCUAUCCAGACAGAAGGAGAACUCUGUCGAAAGGGAUCAGAAAUAUUUUCAAGAGAAUGCGCUAUACCACCAAAUCGGGUCAGUAUUUUUGGCAACAGCUGUUCUCUUCAAAAUAUUGUAGAACCCCAGCAGAGAGUGGGUAACGAAAGAUGCUUUCCAUAGGAGGAGCUAUGUCUUCUCAGCCGAAAUAAUAAAGAAUCCAUGAUGGUUACAAAUGAAA